CUGCGGUGGCUGCUGGUUCGGCUGGUGCUGUUGGUUGUGGGGCAGUGCAGCAGCAAGGGUGGAGAGCGCGGAGAACAUUUGUUGUCUUUUACUUUAAUCACCACAAUGGCAGACGUCGAAUCUUAUGAAAGUGUUCUGUUAGUGAAACAAGAAGUCUUCGUGUAUAAAAUACCGCCUCGUCAAACGAAUCGAGGAUAUAGAGCUACAGAAUGGAACCUUGAUGCCCCUCAGUGGACAGGAAGAAUGCGUUUGGUUGCUAAAGGCAAUGAUUGUACUAUGAAGCUAGAGGAUAAGAAUGGUGAAUUGUUUGCCAAGUGCCCUAUUGAGAAGUAUCCAGGGAUAGCUCUUGAGGCUGUUAGUGAUUCUUCACGAUAUUUUGUUGUUCGUAUCCAAGAUGAUGACGGACGCGCUGCUUUCAUUGGUCUUGGUUUCUCAGACCGUUCUGACAGUUUUGACCUGAAUGUUGCUCUACAAGAUCACUUCAAGUGGAUCAAAAAGUCAGAGGAAAUUGAAAAGGAAAAGGAUAGUAAGGAUGAAACACCAAAGGCAGACUUUCGUUUCAAAGAAGGAGAAACCAUAAAAAUCAACAUGAAAAUUACAAAAAAAGAUGGAAGUGAGGCCACUGUCAAGCCCAAAUCACGGCCAACUGGAAUGGGUGGCAUUUUACCUCCUCCACCUGGUGGUGUUGGAAAGAUAGCACCUCCCCCAAAAGUAACACCAACUUCAUCCCCAUCUCAUGUUGCAUCAAAUCCUGUUCCUGGGAUGGACCUCCUUAAUCUGGGUGGUCCCUCAACCACUGAAACUGCUUCAUCACCAGCUGCUGGUAACAUCGAGUCUUGGGGUGAUUUUACAACAGCCAAGCCAAACCCACCACCACAAGCCUCACCCAGCAAUCCAAAUUGGGUGCAGUUUUAGGCUUGUGACAACAAGUACCAAAUAGAACCAAGGAUUUUAGAAAAUGUUGUAGUUUUUGAACAUGUGAACUGCCUCUUUCAGACAUCUUUACAUUUUGAAGACCAUGGGUUUAAGAAUAUCAGGCUGGUGCUAUGUUUGUUUUGGAUUGUUAUUGUCACAGUACUGGGCUUCUGUUCUGAAAUCUGGUAAGCUGUUGACCCAAGACUUAAUACAAGAUGAAUGGUCUAUUGAAUCAUCAUUGUUGUUCAUGAUUGUUUCGUAUCUGGAAAUUUUAUGGUAUUAUUUCUAAACUGUGUGCAAGUUUAGUCAAAAAUCUCGAUAGGUAAUAAAAGUUUUUGACUUCAUAUUAUGUGGGUCUAGUUUGCAUAACUAGAAAUCUGCGUAGUUGUUAUAUGAAUGCUCAGUGGUAUUGUUGUGUUCAAUGCAUGUGUGAGUUGGUGUAUGUUUAUUAAUUUUCUUAUAGUUUUAGGCGUUUUCCCCCCUUGCCUGUGGAAGUGUUGUUCGCUGUGAAUUGUAUAUUUGAUCCAGGUAGAAAGUGUAAGGAAGCAUGGAUAACCAAAUUGGCUUGCCUUACUUUUCUAUUGCAAGCUACUCUCUAGUUAUAUCUGAUGUGUCUGGAGCUAAUGUGUUUGUUACUAUGGAUGUUCUCAUAUAUUGGUUGGAAUCCAUUUUAACAAACACCUUUUAUUUUCUUGUGUUUUAAACACUGUACAUAUAUAUACACCAAACUUUUUACUUUUGUUGGGCUUUGUUUAUAAGUACUUCUUAGUUUUGAUUAUUUUGAAGAUAUGUAGCAUUCAAUCUUCUGAUUGUAGUGAGGGGUAAACUUUCAUUUGCUGUAAGGAUUCUUUAAGUAGUGACCAUUGCAGGUGAUAUAAGUUAAACAUUCCACUUAUCUCACUUAUUGUCUCAAUAAUUCCACAUUACUUUGAACCUCUGCUAAAUUUUGUAUCUAAGAAAAUUAUUUUUUAAUUGGAGCUGUUCUCCAUACUAUUAUUUAGUUGAAGCUGGCGCAUAUUUUUCUAGAAUGGGUAUGGUAUCAUGAAUGUUGAUAUGGAAUGGAAAGAUUUUCAUUAAACUAUUAAUUUACAGAGAAACUGUGAUGACAAAAUGCCUAGUGGAUCAUAGUUCAAAGAAGUUUUGUUCACACAACAAAGUUGAUUUUUGAAACUUAAAUCUUUUUUUAAUUUAUUGGAAUGGUCUAUAGAAACAUCAUGCAAUGAACUGUCCUUUAUUCGAUCAAAUCCAAUACACAGUUGAAAAGUUGAACAUUAUAUUCUGUGUAAAAUGAUUAAAGUGAUUGCUGUUCAGUUAGAGUUAUUAGAUGUCAAGAUGGCAAAUUUGUACUUUGCUGGGCAUUGUCAAAAAAAGUCAUCAUUACAUUUGUGUUUUAAAAAAAUUAUAUUUUUUUAAUGGAGUCUAAUAGAGGCCUGUCGUGGAAUGUACCGUGUGGAAUGUGAAAAGUACACAUUUUGUGAGUGUAAGACAGAUGGGACUUCUGUCUUGUAAAGCUGUAAUACUGUAUCCCAAUCUGAAAGCAAUACUGAAAUGGUGACUAUUGCAGCCAUUUUGGCAGAUUGCAGUGUUUAUGGGUUUCCAUUUCCUUUCUUUUGUUCAGUCUUACUUUUCAUAGCUAAAGAAUUUAGGUUUUAUAGCAUUAUCUCAUUAUGAAUUAGUAUUUCAGACGAUAGUUGUGUUUUUUUGUUGUUUUACUGUACUUGCAGAUGACACUAUUUGGCUUGCAAUGAUAGAUGAGGUUCAACUAUAAAUUUUAAAGAGUCUCAGUGGCAUUUUUGGUCACUGAAUUAUAAAUUAAAAAAACAAGACAUCUACAAUCUGAA